UUUAGUUUGUGAAGAGAUGUCCUCCCAAGUCAGAAUGAGGCUGCUGCCAAGCGCCAGAUGCUUGUUUGAUGAGCCUGUUCAGCUGAAGGUGUCUGGGCUGAGGUCGAGACAGGUGGUCACUAUGAGAGCCAGAUCUGCUGAUGAGCGAGGAGUGGUGUUCAGCUCCUCAGCCACCUACAGGGCUGAUGGGAGAGGGGAGAUCGACCUGGACAGAGACCCCUCACUCAGUGGGAGCUAUGUCGGGGUUGAACCCAUGGGGCUGCUGUGGUCGAUGAGACCAGACAUCUUACACAAAAGGUUUCAUAAAGACAAGACCAUAACCCCCCAUGUUGUAAAGCUCUCUGUUCAUGAGGGUGAGGGGGAGGGUAGGAUGCUGGCAGAGGCGACCAAUGAGAGGCUUGUGAUGGGAGAGGGCGUCAGCCGGGUCUCUGUCAAAGAGGGGAAUUUUGAGGGAGUCCUGUUCACUCCCCCAGGUAAGAAGUUUUCCUCCUUAUGUUUUGACCAUAUUUACAGCCUUUUAGUGGGCAGUAAAGGAGUUGGAAUAUUAUCACGAUCAAAAGCAAGUGAUAUUGCACUUUCAAUUGCUGCUUUUGUACCAGGUGUUGAGGCCACAAUGUGGAUCAAUGGCUGCUCUGCUAAUAUGGUUACACCUCUCUACUAUAAGAAUAAACAACUACUCCCUGUGUUAUUGUAUGACAAGAAAAAGGUGGUUCACACUUCGUCAGGGGCUGGCAUAAUCAAAUAUGUUUUGAACAGUACCCUGACAGAGGAGAACAAGGCCACCCUGAUCCCCAUUGAACAAGCCAAGGGACACUUCCUCUUUGUGGCUGCAGAGAAUGACCUGAACCUGGACGCCAAGGCCUACAUGGAGCAGCUGGUAGAAAGACUGAAGCGCCAUGGGAAGGAGAACUUUGAGUGUGUGUCUUACCCUGGAGCUGGACAUUAUUUAGAGCCGCCUUACAUACCAUUCUGCCCAUCCAGCUUUCACGGUGUUGUGUGCAUGCCGGUCCUGUGGGGUGGUGAUCCCAGGGGCCACCCAGCAGCUGAAGUCCUCGUGUGGAAGAAGAUCCAAGACUACUUCAGAACUCGGCUGAGCUGUGAUGCUGCACAAUAA